AUGCCAAAACUCGCUGGUCAUAUCUGCCAAUGCAAAACUUGUGGGAGAAGCUAUACCCUUGUAAGUGUCGGAAUUCAAACAGAUAGCACUUCUGAUAUGCCAAGUUUUAUUGACUUUGCUGAAAAAAUGUUUAAGCCGGGUGCUCCAUUCAAUAAAUCCACCAACGAAAGCCGAAUUCUUAUGGUUCGGCCUAAAAAGCUAAAAGGGGACACCAAAGAUAUUGAGGAACCUUCUUCCUUCAGUGACAACACUUUAAACGACAGUCCCUCAAUUACAAAAAAAGCAGCAUAUGAGAAGAAUUCUAAUUUAAAAGAAGACACAUUAAAUGCAACUUUUUCAGAGUCAUCUUUAAUAAAAGAUUUUGAACAAAUAAAAUCCCAAGGGUUUGGGUUCAACACUAGCUCAGCUUUUACAGAAAAAUUUAUUGAAAUUUGUGAUACGCCAAAAUUUUACUCGACUCAGCAUAUACAAGGAGCCUUUAAUUUCCAAGGAACUCCUCAUUAUGAAGGAACGAAUUCUAUGAAAAAUUGUACAAAUUUUAGUAAAACGCAGACUUUUACAAACAGGCCUACGAUUGGUAGAUCUAAUUAUCCUGAUUUCCCUUUUGAAUUGGAACAAAAAAACCUUUUCCAAUUUUAAAAGGGGAUUAAUUUUUUUUUUAAAAUAAAAAAUAUAAUAUGAGCCCAAUAUUUUUGUUUUUUUAUCAAGAAUUAAUACAUAAAAUUGAUUUUUUAAAGCUGUUUAAAUAUUCUGCUUGCACAUUUUCAAUUAAAUUAGGCCAAAAUUAAUUCUAUAUGAAUUAUAAAAUUUUCCUAUUGGAUUAAAUAUAAUUUUCCAAUUUUAAAGGGGAUAAAAGUACCCAAAAAAUGGAAAUUUUACCUAGAUUUUUUUCUAAUUUAAAGGAGUGAGGAAAAAUUAUUUGCAAAAACUGCAAAAAAUCAUACAAGUCCUUUUAAUUUCGCUGAUUUUUCAAAGAAAAAUGCAAAAACUUCGAAAAUAUCAACAGCGAGUAAAGAUCUUUCAGAAGACAGCACAAACCAGAUUUCUGAAAAUUAUGAAAGUAUUAUGGAUAAGCCUACAUUUUUAGAUCCGAAUUUGCGGGAGUCUUUUAAGCAGCUUGUACAGUUAGAAAAAAUUGGGCUAAAGCAGCAAUUUUCUUCGAAAAAUUUCAAAUUGCAAGAAAAAAGAAAGCAGCAAAUCGCCCAAAAUGAAAGUUUAGAUCUGAGCCUCAGCUUAGAUAUGAAUCAGUUACAAGAAUUUUUAGAUAUAUAAUUUAUAAUAAAUAUUUAAAAUUAUUAUAGAAAAUUAAUGGAUUUAUAAUAAAUUGGUAUAAUUAG